CAGAGCUUAGCGGCGCUGGCGGAGGCGGCGGUCCAGGCGGCUCCCCUCCGCGCCGGCAUCCUCCGCGCCUGCAUCCCUCCUCCUCAGCAUCCCUCCCCGCGCCUGGUCCCCUGGCCCUCCCCAAAGAAGCGAGGUGGGCGGGGCCGGUAUGCAAAUGAGGCCCAGUUGAGCGGAAAAGUGGGGCGAGCAGCACCAGGAGGGAGAGUGAGGGGCUGCUCGGGACGCCCCCGGCCGCCCUCGCCCACCCCCCUGCAGCCCGCCGGGCCCCCUCCCCGCCCCGGCGCUGCCGCAUCCAUCCAACUCUGCAGCGGUCCCCAAGGAGAGGAAGGCGGCCGCCCCCCCUCCCGGCCCCGGGCUUUUCACGGGCGAGGGGCCUUGGGGGUCUCCUCCCUACCCCCCCCCGCCAAGACACGCGCCCCCACCCUCUGGCCCCCCAGCUAAGCCAUGCAAGUCUCCAUCGCCUGCACGGAGCAGAACCUGCGGAGCCGCAGCAGCGAUGACCGCCUCUGCGGUGGGGGGUCCCGGGGCCAGGGAACCGGUGGGGGGCAGGGCAAUGGGGGGUACCAGCCCCCUGGCAAGGGACCCCGGCUAGCCAUAGGGCCCCGGGCACCUGGGCAGAACCUGCCCCACAUCGCCUUCCUGCUGAGGGAGUCCACCGGCAGAGCCACAGGCAUGAACUACAGGAACUUGGGCAAAUCAGGGCUCCGUGUUUCAUGCCUCGGCCUUGGUACGUGGGUGACGUUUGGGUCCCAGAUUUCAGACGAGAUGGCAGAGAACGUGCUCACCAUCGCUUAUGACAGCGGGGUCAACCUCUUUGACACGGCCGAGGUCUACGCUUCUGGCAAAGCAGAAAAAACGCUGGGGAAUAUCCUGAAGAGCAAAGGAUGGAGGCGUUCAAGCUACGUUGUCACCACCAAGAUCUACUGGGGAGGCCAAGCUGAGACAGAGAGAGGAUUGUCCCGGAAACACAUCAUCGAAGGGCUCAAGGGGUCGUUGCAGAGGCUUCAGCUGGAGUACGUGGACAUUGUCUUUGCCAACCGGAUGGAUGCAAACAGCCCGAUGGAAGAAUGUGACCCGAACUUCCGAUUGCUCUUGCUGGAAGAGAUCGUACGAGCCAUGACUUACGUGAUCAACCAGGGGAUGGCCAUGUACUGGGGCACCUCUCGCUGGAGCGCGAUGGAGAUCAUGGAAGCGUAUUCGGUGGCACGGCAAUUCAACCUCAUUCCUCCCGUGUGCGAGCAGGCGGAGUAUCAUAUGUUCCAGCGGGAGAAGGUGGAAACUCAGCUUCCGGAGCUGUACCACAAGAUUGGGGUGGGAGCCAUAACCUGGUCCCCGCUAGCGUGUGGACUCAUCACGGGAAAAUAUGAGGAGCGGGUCCCUGAGAACUGCCGUGCUGCCAUGAAGGGAUACCAGUGGCUGAAGGAGAAGCUGCAGAGCGAGGACGGGAAGAAGCAGCAGGCCAAAGUGAAAGAGCUCCACCUGAUCGCAGAGCGCCUGAGGUGCACAGUGGCGCAGCUGGCCAUUGCCUGGUGUCUCCGCUCGGAAGGGGUCAGCUCAGUCCUCCUGGGAGUCUCCAGCGCCGAACAACUCAUCGAGAACUUGGGAUCUAUUCAGGUUCUAACCCAGCUGACACCCCAAGUCGUCCAGGAAAUUGAUGCCCUCCUGGGUAACAAACCCAAUACAAAAAAAGAGUCCCGGGCGUAGGGGCACAUUGACGCCCGGGACUGGGCACACUCCUGUCCCGCUGGACUGCUUCUCCUUCUGCUCCUCUGUGGGGCUCCUGUCCCCCCCCACCUGCCCCCCCACAUGCUCUCCCACCAGCUGCUGCCUCUUAAUUUUGUGGGGUGGGCAAGGAGGAGCCGCUUUGCGCAUGAACCAAAUAUCCGUAUACUUCCACAGCGGAUGAAGUCGGGGAGGGGACUGGGGCGGGGGUCUACCCUGCCCCAUGGCAGCUGCUUAGAUUACAAUACAACUAUAUGGCAUGAGCAACUGACCUAUGGGGAUGGCGGGUGAGAGGCCCCGCCUCCUGCUAGGGCCGGAACUACCGCCCGCUUUGCCUCUCUCUCCAUAUCAAUACGCCUGGUUUGUAAAGGGGCAGGCACACUGUAACGUGGGGUCAUAGGAUGAAAGCACACGAUUGAAUAAGUGUAUGAUAAUGAUGAACCAUCCUUAAUUAAUCUUCAGCCUUGUGCUUUACUGCUGUAGUCCCAUGCUGCGUGUUGAGUUAUUACACUGAUUUUGAUUUCU